CCGAAUCGGGCGAUCGCAAGCGCGCUUCGCCUCCGUCGGCGUCACCGUCGCCGCCGUCUUGGCCGCGGUGCGUGCUGCUAUGCUCGGGAGCUGCUCCGCACUGCAGGGACCACCACACCCCUCCUCUGCCAGAGCCGCCGCCUCAACGAGACCCCGCGGCGCUCCGCGGCGCCCGACGGGGGUGCUCGGCGGCACGCGCGCUUGCCGCGCGCGCGCCCGCGCGGAUCGGUUCGCCCUGCCCGUCCAGAUCCGCUGGCCUACGCCGCGGGCAUGGCGGGCGCCGUCGCCGACGGCGUGCUCGUGGCGCUGGCCCAGUCCAAGAUGGGGCGCGCCCGGCGCCACGGCGCCUCCCGCGCGGCGGCGGCCCUGCAGGAGGAGCUCGCCCUCAUCGGCGCCGCCCUGGAGGCCGCCGACGGGGACGACGCGCGGGCGGUGCUGGCCGAGUUCUGGGAGGAGGCGGACGAGGCCCUCGCCCAGGCCUCAGUGUCUGCCGAUCCCGCGAUCGGCGAUCCGCGCGCAGUGAUCGGGGUCCAGGCCCUCGCCGCGCCCACCGCCACGGCGGCCGCGGCCCCGCCGCGGCCCGCGGGCGCGCUGGGGCUGGCGGGCCGGCCCGGCGCCGGGGCGGAGGUGCGCGCGGCCCUGCAGGCCGCCGUCGCCCGCGGCGACCGCGGCUGGCCCGCCGACGGCUGCCGCGAGAGCGCCGCCGCGCCGCCGGCGGCCUCGCAGGGCCCGCCGGCGCCGCGGGCGCCGCUGCCCACGCCCUGCCGGGGCGCGCAGGCGCCGGCCGAGGGCGGGGCGCCUGCCGCGGGCUGCCCGGCCGCGGCGCCGCGGGCGGGCGGCUUCCGGCCCGCCUCCGAGCUGCUGCCGCGGGCGCCGCCCGCGAGGCCCGAGGAGUGCAGGCCGCGCGUCUCCAUGGGCGACGUGUCUCGGUCCGUCUGCAGGGGCGGCGGCAGUGACGGCGGCGGGCCCCGCCCGGCGCGGGCCGGCGGCGGCGGGGCCGAGGGGAGGGGCCGGGACUGGUCCGACGAGUGGCUGCGCAUCGCCGACCCGGACCAGCUGGAGCGCAUCGUCCCCGCCCUCGAGGCCACGAUCCACCGCGCCAGCGGCGCCGACGCCGUCUCCCGUGCGGACAUCUCCGGCCUGGAGUUCGUCAAGUCGCAGAUCGAGGAGGUGCUGAUCUUGCCGCAGCUGCACCCGCACCUCUUCGCCUCCGCGCUCACGCGCCCCGCCCGUGGGCUUCUCCUCUUCGGACCCCCCGGCACAGGGAAGACGCUGCUGGCCAGAUGGAUUGCGAGCGAGUGCGGGGCGACCUUCUUCAACGUCAACGCCUCCAGCGUCCUGUCGAAGUGGAUCGGCGAGGCGGAGAAGACCGUGAAGGCACUUUUCCGGCUGGCCGCCGAGCGGCAGCCCUCGGUCAUCUUCAUCGACGAGAUCGACUCGCUGCUCAGUCAGCGCCGCGACGCGGACAACGAGUCCUCCCGCCGCGUCAAGAACGAGUUCCUCACCAGCCUGGAGGGCGCCGAGACCUCCUCGCAGGAGAAGCUGCUGCUCGUGGGCGCCACGAACAUGCCCUGGGAGCUCGACCCUGCCGCGCUGCGCCGGCUGCCGAAGCGGCUCUACGUGCCGCUGCCCGGGCGGGGCGCGCGGGAGGCGCUGCUGCGCCGUCAGCUGGCGAGGCACAACGUGGACUCCGGCCUCCGGGGCGCGCUGCGCGAGGAGGACCUCGCCGACGUCGCGGCGCCCGAGGCACGCACGGCGGGCUAUUCCGGCUCGGACCUGCAGACGCUGCUGCAGGAGGUGGCCAUGGGCCCCGUGCGCGAGGCGAGCGCGGCGCUGCUGCGCCGCAAGCGCCCGCGCCUGGAGGAGGGGGAGCCCAGGGGCAGCGGCGCGGAGGCGGCGAGGCCGCGCGAUAUCGAGCGGCGCGAUUUCGAGUGCGCCAUGCGGCGGGUGAAGCCGAGCUUCAACAGCGCCGAGGAGCUGAAGCACCGCGAGUUCAACGAGGAGCACGGCACCUGCCGGGGGGAGGACGCCAUGCGCGACGCCGACAGCGACGGCCCGCAGGGCGACGAAGGGUGA